AUGCACAGCCCCGGGCUCUGGCUGCUCGGUGCGCUGUGGCUCCCGGCAGUCGCCCUGGGCCAACCCUUACCCCACGUGGAGCGGUAUGAGGUGGCACUCCCCCGGCGCCUGCUGGGACCCCGAGCCCGCCGGGCCCUGCCCUCCCACGUGGGACGUGGCCUGCACCCAGAGAGCGUGAGCUACGUCCUUGAGGCCGGUGGGCACAGCUUCACCCUGCACCUGCGGAGGAACAGGGACCUGCUGGGCUCCGGCUACACAGAGACCUACACGGCUGCCAACGGCUCCGAGGUGACUGAGCAGCUGCAGGAGCAGGACCACUGCUUCUAUCAGGGCUACGUGGAGGGGCACCCGGACUCGGUGGCCAGCCUCAGCGCCUGUGCUGGCCUCAGGGGCUUCUUCCGGGCCAGUUCAGCCGUCCACCUGAUUGAGCCCCUGGAGGAGGGUGGUGACGGGGCGCGGCACGCCGUGUACCAGGCUGAGCACUUGAAGCAGAAGCCCGGGACCUGUGGGGUCAGCGACGCCAGCCUGGACAACCUCCUGGGUCCCCGGAUCGGUGCCGCCCUGAGGCCUCAGCCCUGGAAUUGGCCGCCAACCCGAGGGCCCCGCUACGUGGAACUGUUUGUGGUCACAGACAGCGCAGAGUUCCAGCAACUGGGCAGCAGAGCCGCUGUGCGCACGCGCGUGCUGGAGGUGGUAAACCACGUGGACAAGCUGUACCAGGAGCUCAACUUUCGCGUGGUCCUGGUGGGCCUGGAGAUCUGGAAUGACAGGAACAAGUUUCACGUCAGCCCCGACGCCGACGCCACGCUGCAGAACUUCCUGGCCUGGAGGGCACGGGACCUCGCGGGGCGGCGCCGGCAUGAUAAUGUGCAGCUCAUCACGGGCGUGGACUUCGCCGGCACCACCGUGGGACUGGCCAAGGUGUCCGCCAUGUGCUCCCACAACUCGGGGGCUGUGAACCAGGACCACAGCCAGAACCCUGUGGGCGUGGCCUCCACCAUGGCCCAUGAGAUGGGCCACAACUUGGGCAUGGACCACGAUGAGAACGUCCAGGGCUGCCACUGCCCUGUGCCACGGGAGGGCGGUGGCUGCAUUAUGGCGGCCAGCAUUGGUUCUAGGUUCCCCAGGGUGUUUAGCCACUGUAGCCGGGUCGACCUGGAGACCUUCGUGAAGAAGCCGCUGACAACCUGCCUGACCAACGCCCCUGACCUUGACCAGCUGGUGGGCGGCCCCGUGUGUGGGAACCUGUUUGUGGAGCACGGAGAGCAGUGUGACUGCGGCCUUCCCCAGGACUGUCGGGACCGCUGCUGCAAUGCCACCACCUGCCGGCUGGCUGAGGGGGCUGAGUGUGCCCAUGGCACCUGCUGCCAGGAGUGCAGGGUGAAGCCAGCCGGUGAGCUGUGCCGCCCCCAAAAGGAUGCGUGUGACCUCGAGGAGUUCUGUGACGGCCAGCGGCCAGAGUGCCCGGAAGAUGCCUUCCAGGAGAACGGCACGCCCUGCCUGGAGGGCUACUGCUACGACGGGAGCUGUCCCUCACUGGCCCAGCGGUGCCGGGACUUGUGGGGGCCAGGUGCUCGGGCUGCUGCAGAGGCCUGCUUCGCAUAUGGCAGCAUCGCCCCAGGCUGCAAGGGCGGGAGCUCCCUGGGGAUGGGCAGAGUCAACAGGUGUGGUGUCCUGCACUGUGACGGGGGGCAGAAGCCCCUGGAGCGGAGCAGCUGCACCCUUACCUCCCACGUGGCUGUGUGCCAUGCUCUGGCCACAGACGAUGGCUCUGCCUAUGAGCUGGUACCCGAGGGCACCAAGUGCGGCCAGGAGAAGGUUUGCUGGAAAGGACUCUGCCAGGACCUCCAAGUCUACAGAUCCAGAAACUGCUCUGCUCAAUGCCACAACCAUGGGGUGUGCAACCACAAGAAGGAGUGUCACUGCCAUGCAGGCUGGGCUCCACCCCACUGCGCAGAGCUGCUGACUGAUGUACACCAAGCGUCUGGAGGCCUCCCUGUCAGCGUGCUCGUGGCUUUGGUCCUCCUGGCAGUUGUGGUGGUCAUCCUGGCAGGCUUCGUCAUCUACCGAAGGACCCGGGGCCGCGUCCAGAGGAGCGUGGCACCCAAGACCACCAUGGGGCUCUCCAACCCCCUGUUCAACCAGGGGGCUGGCCAUGGGCCAGCCAGGGGGGGGGCUCCACCCCCCAGGUGGGCCCCCCCAGAGCUGGGGUCUGCCACACACCCCAGCCAACUGACCAGACCCGUAACUUCCUCUGUGACCCCGAAGAGGCCACCUCCUGAUCCUCCAGCUGCCGUCUCCGGCCCACCCUUCCCAGUUCCUGUCUACACCCGGCAGGCUCCAGGGCAGAUCACCAAGCCGACCUUUGCGCCCCCAGUGCCACCAGGCAAGCCCAAGGCUGGAGGGGCCACACCUGGGCUGACUCAGGGGGUCGUGGACCCAAAAGUUGCCCUGAAGCCCCCAGUGCAGAGAAGGUGA